UGCUCCUGCGCUGAACUUUAGGAGCCAGUCUAGGGCCUAGGCGCAGACGCACUGAGCCUAAGCAGCCGGUGAUGGCGGCAGCGGCUGUGGUGGCUGCGGUGGGUCCGGGCCCAUGAGGCGACGGAGGAGGCGGGACGGCUUUUACCCAGCGCCGGACUUCCGAGACAGGGAAGCUGAGGACAUGGCAGGAGUGUUUGACAUAGACCUGGACCAGCCAGAGGACGCGGGCUCUGAGGAUGAGCUGGAGGAGGGGGGUCAGUUAAAUGAAAGCAUGGACCAUGGGGGAGUUGGACCAUAUGAACUUGGCAUGGAACAUUGUGAGAAAUUUGAAAUCUCAGAAACUAGUGUGAACAGAGGGCCAGAAAAAAUCAGACCAGAAUGUUUUGAGCUACUUCGGGUACUUGGUAAAGGGGGCUAUGGAAAGGUUUUUCAAGUACGAAAAGUAACAGGAGCAAAUACUGGGAAAAUAUUUGCCAUGAAGGUGCUUAAAAAGGCAAUGAUAGUAAGAAAUGCUAAAGAUACAGCUCAUACAAAAGCAGAACGGAAUAUUCUGGAGGAAGUAAAGCAUCCCUUCAUCGUGGAUUUAAUUUAUGCCUUUCAGACUGGUGGAAAACUCUACCUCAUCCUUGAGUAUCUCAGUGGAGGAGAACUAUUUAUGCAGUUAGAAAGAGAGGGAAUAUUUAUGGAAGACACUGCCUGCUUUUACUUGGCAGAAAUCUCCAUGGCUUUGGGGCAUUUACAUCAAAAGGGGAUCAUCUACAGAGACCUGAAGCCGGAGAAUAUCAUGCUUAAUCACCAAGGUCAUGUGAAACUAACAGACUUUGGACUAUGCAAAGAAUCUAUUCAUGAUGGAACAGUCACACACACAUUUUGUGGAACAAUAGAAUACAUGGCCCCUGAAAUCUUGAUGAGAAGUGGCCACAAUCGUGCUGUGGAUUGGUGGAGUUUGGGAGCAUUAAUGUAUGACAUGCUGACUGGAGCACCCCCAUUCACUGGGGAGAAUAGAAAGAAAACAAUUGACAAAAUCCUCAAAUGUAAACUCAAUUUGCCUCCCUACCUCACACAAGAAGCCAGAGAUCUGCUUAAAAAGCUGCUGAAAAGAAAUGCUGCUUCUCGUCUGGGAGCUGGUCCUGGGGACGCUGGAGAAGUUCAAGCUCAUCCAUUCUUCAGACACAUUAACUGGGAAGAACUUCUGGCUCGAAAGGUGGAGCCCCCCUUUAAACCUCUGUUGCAAUCUGAAGAGGAUGUAAGUCAGUUUGAUUCCAAGUUUACACGUCAGACACCUGUCGACAGCCCAGAUGACUCAACUCUCAGUGAAAGUGCCAAUCAGGUCUUUCUGGGUUUUACAUAUGUGGCUCCAUCUGUACUUGAAAGUGUGAAAGAAAAGUUUUCCUUUGAACCAAAAAUCCGAUCACCUCGAAGAUUUAUUGGCAGCCCACGAACACCUGUCAGCCCAGUCAAAUUUUCUCCUGGGGAUUUCUGGGGAAGAGGUGCUUCGGCCAGCACAGCAAAUCCUCAGACACCUGUGGAAUACCCAAUGGAAACAAGUGGCAUAGAGCAGAUGGAUGUCACAAUGAGUGGGGAAGCAUCGGCACCACUUCCAAUACGACAGCCGAACUCUGGGCCAUACAAAAAACAAGCUUUUCCCAUGAUCUCCAAACGGCCAGAGCACCUGCGUAUGAAUCUAUGACAGAGCAAUGCUUUUAAUGAAUUUAAGGCAAAAAAGGUGGAGAGGGCGAUGUGUGAGCAUCCUGCAAGGUGAAACAAGACUCAAAAUGACAGUUUCAGAGAGUCAGCGUCAUUACAUAGAACAUUUUGGACACAGGAAAAAUAAAGUGGAUUUUAAAAAAUCAAUCAAUGGUGCAAAAAAAAACUUAAAGCAAAAUAGUAUUGCUGAACUCUUAGGCACAUCAAUUAAUUGAUUCCUCGCGACAUCUUCUCAACCUUAUCAAGGAUUUUCAUGUUGAUGACUCGAAACUGACAGUAUUAAGGGUAGGAUGUUGCUUCUGAAUCACUGUUGAGUUCUGAUUGUGUCGAAGAAGGGUUAUCCUUUCAUUAGGCAAAGUACAAAAUUGCCUAUAAUACUUGCAACUAAGGACAAAUUAGCAUGCAAGCUUGGUCAAACUUUUUCCAGCAACAUGGAAUCAAAGACAAAAGAAACUUACCAAUUGAUGUUUUACGUGCAAGCAACCUGAAUCUUUUUUUUAUAUAAAUAUAUAUUUUUCAAAUAGAUUUUUGAUUCAGCUCAUUAUGAAAAACAUCCCAAACUUUAAAAUGCGAAAUUAUUGGUUGGUGUGAAGAAAGCCAGACAACUUCUGUUUCUUCUCUUGGUGAAAUAAUAAAAUGCAAAUGAAUCAUUGUUAA